CUGCAUUUUCGAUUCUAAUUAGUCGACCAAGCUUCAAAUGGCUGUGUUUGCUUCAAUCCCAGCAUGUUCAUUAGCCAGCCCUGCUACAAUUUCAUUAGCCAAGGGAUCCUAUUCUCAGCACAAAAGCUUCUCUACCACGGGAGGUCCCGUUGUAUGUAAUGGACUAAAGCUUAUUCCAAAGAUUCAAUUCUCAAAGCAGACAAACAAGCUUUCUACUCGAUCUAGCUGCUUUAAAAUACCAGUUUCGUGCUCUCUUGCCGAUCCCGAGACGUUGAAAACCGUCCAAAACACCAUUGCUAAGCAGUUGUCGAUCGAUGUGAGCUCGGUGACUCCUGAAACCAAGUUUGCUGAUCUGGGUGCUGAUUCCCUUGACACGGUGGAGAUAGUGAUGGCAUUGGAAGAACAAUUCGGAGUCUCAGUCGGAGAAAGCGGAGCCGAGACCAUUGCAACCGUCCAAGACGCUGCGGACUUGAUCGAGAAAGUGAAGGCUCCAUAAUAGGCCACUUACAGGA